GGUUGCUUUGCCAUGAGGUCCUGAAAAAAAAGUGCCUUUUGAUUCAAGCCACAAACCCUAAAAAUAUAAACAAGAAGUGCUCUGUGCGUAAAAGUUUAUAGAAGAUCAUUCCACUCCUCUUUCGUAAGGAAAAAGAAUUCAAAUCGACCAUGGCGACCAUCACUCCUGAGGCUCCAGCAUUAACUGCUCUCAUUGCUUCUAUCAAGCAGAAGGACCCAAGUCUGGGUAUUAAGAAGGUCUUGGCAGAGAUUCAAACUCAAGAACCUACUUGGCUCGUGAGUGAGAAGCGUGUCAAAAAGUUGAUGACCGAGGCUGGUAUCGCCGUGGCCAGACCAGAGUCUGAGAUGAAUCUGGAUCCUUCAGUCCCUGUCAGUCACAUCGAUACGGAGGUGGAUGUCAGCGCAUUGACCAAUGGUCAAAUCAAGGCCAAAAUGAUCAAUAAAGUCGUUGGCAAAGGUUUAUUCGCGGCACAGGAUCUUCCCAAAGGCAAGGAGGUUUUCAGGGAAUUUCCUUUUGUCUACUUCCCCCCUAUGAAGAGAUACAAUAUGAUCCGCAAAGGAGAAGCCUGCGGUCUUUGCGCACGUACCAUCAAGUAUGGAAGUCUUUUGAUUUGUGCAUGUCCAAGCUGUGGCAAGAUCAAGUACUGUACAAAGGCUUGUAGGCAAAGUGCAUGGGACAGCUCACAUCGUUUCGAGUGCUUAGCCUUGAACCCGGCCAUUAAAGAUUACAUCAACUACUGUGUCGAAGAAAACUGGAGCGCAGGCAUGGGAGCACUUCGUUGCUAUGAACGCAUUUUGAUCGCUAAUGAGACAUCGCCUGAGGAACUAGCAUUGGUACUAAAGCACCUUGACGCGUUCGCCACUAUCAGUCAGGAGGAACGCCAAAAGAAGGAGACCUCGUGGGAUAUGAUGGGUGAUCAAAUACUGGAGAUUUGGAAUAAGGGCUUAAAAUUGCUUAUCCAAGGCUGCCAGUAUCCGCUCAAGAUCACUAGCAAUAAAGCAGUAAACCCUGUCCUCACAAAGGCUCUACCGGACGAUCUGAAAGAUAGUCUCUUUACUAUGGACACCUACCUUAAAUUCAUAGGACGGUAUAAUCUCAAUAAUCAGAGUGGAGGGAUGUAUCUCCUGCAUUCUUCGUUGAACCAUUCAUGUCUCCCCAACACGGUUAUUGAUAAUCCAGGUGCUGGAACUAGCUAUGGUGUAAGUAUUCGUCUAGCUAGGGAUAUCAAGCGAGACGAACAACUUCAGAUCACAUACUGUAACCCUCUCUGGAAAAGAGAGACACGACAGCAAUACCUUCGUACAGAGUAUCUCUUCACCUGCAAGUGCAAGCGCUGCACAGGGCCAGAUGACAGCCUUCCUGAAGAUCUCAUGCGAGCAUUGGAGGUUGAUGAGUAAUAAUAAUAAUGACUAAACCGUGGCAUGUCCAAGGAUUUUGUAAGGCAUUUACUUCGUUAGAAAGGUAGC